AAUCAAUUCAGCCUGAAUUGUUUCCGAGAGGAAAAUUGGUAGUUUUGAUCAAGUUUGUAGUGCCCUGAAAAUGCAGGAUAUGUAUUGGAACGAAGAGGAGCUGGUGGAGGUAGCGAAAACUCUCGAACAACUGGAAGAUGAGCCGGAAAACGUGGAUUCCACAAAUUUAACACAGACAUCUUCCAAGAAAAAGCCAAAGAUCGCUUCAAAAAAAAAACGGAAUUUGAAAUUAAAACCCUGAUUGUAUACCAAAUAACGCAUAAGGAUUAUUCGAACAAAGUAGCGAAGGAUGCUAUGUGGGAAAAGAUUAGUAUAACUGUUUCCUCUGAACUUGGGAAAGUCAUUGCAGUGCCCGAAUGUCGUAAGUAUUGGGAUGCGCUUCGAGAAUCCACAAGAGUUUACUUGGAUAGAUCAAAGCUCGAAAAGAUAAGCAACAAAUCAGGUGCCCCUGCUGAUCUUCUGGACCUGUAUAGCGCAGACAUACAGGGCAAAUUUGAUCUCUACCAAAGUCGCUGGCCAUUUGCCGAAGAAAUGAGCUUUUACAUCCCUUCCUGUGCUCGAACGGCAUAUACGGUAUCGCUUGGAAACUCAGGAGCCAAUACUAGAUUAAAAAAUCCAAUCGAAACUAGUCAGACAACUCACCUCGAAGGUGAAGAUUGGUCUCAAGAGUUUGAUGGUUCAUCGAACACAGACACAGCUUUCAUUAGCCCAUCUACCAGCGGACGAACGAGUCGUUCCCGGAAAGGAGACGAGGCUAAUCUGGAUAUGACUUUGAUUACACUGGCAACUUCCGUAUCAGAAUUUGUAAGUUCUCGCAGUUCUCAGAAGGAAUAUAAAUUCAAGGAGUUUCACGGCGAGUUGGAUAACAUCCUAUGCGAACUCCCCUUUAUCGAAGCUAUGAAGUUCAACAUCUGUGUUUUGGAACAGGCGAACGAACUGCUGGAGAAGUGUAGAAGCAAAAUGGAUUAUAACGUAUAGAGGAUACCUGCCGAUGCUAGUACUGAAAUGUCUCGCUUUUAACAUUCAUUGCCCCGGGUGCAGUAGUGGGUAUACUGCCCAUAAUCGUAAGUCAGUCCCAUGUAGAUAGGGAGUCUUAUAGAACAUGGGACUGACUUGCGAUUAUGGGUAGUAUAGGUAUAUGGUAGCAUGAAGGCACUAGCACUUAGCCCCCUCUAGAAUUUGUAAUCUUUCUUGUAGCUGCCAACAAAACUGAACUGAGUGUUGUUUUUCACUGCAAGUGUUUUAUUCUU